UACUAACACAGCCCACACUACUACUAACACAGCCCACACCAGUGCAAUAGAGAUUGUGUCAUCUGUGGAUCUGUUGGGGAUGUAUGCAAAUUGGAGUUGGUUCUAGUGUUUCCUGUAUAACUGUGUUGAUGUGAGCCGCGACCAGCCUUUCAAAGCUAUUCAUGACUACAGAUGUGAGUGCUACGGGUACAUUUUAGACAGGUUACCUUGGUGUUCUUUGGCAUAGGGACUAUGGUGGUCUGCUUGAAACAUGUUGGUAUUACAGGUUGAAAAUGUCAGUGAAGACACUUGCCAGUUGGUCAACGCACCAGGAGUACACGUCCUGGUCAUCCGUCUGGCCCAGCAGGCAAAUGUUUGACAAUUCUACCGGUGCGUCUGAGUUUUUAAGCAGCACCUUACAGUAUAUAACAUGGUGUCUCUCUGUCUGUGUCCUGUCCUCCAGGCCUGUAUAAGAUGCACUGGAACCCGGAGCAUGCCCAGUCCCUCAGUCAGUCCCUCAGCCAGUCCCUCAGCCAGUGGCCUGAGCAGCACCUGGAUGUGUCCUCCACCACCUCCUCACCGGCCCACAAGUCUGAGCUUUACACCGCUGGCCACGCCCACGGCCGAGGUGGCUACGCCUGGGCCAAUGAUGACAUCUCAGCCCUCACCGCCUCCAACCUGCUGAAGAGCUAUGCAGAGAAGUACUGUGAUGUUCUAGACUCGCCAUACGAUCGUCCACCGGGGCCCGCUGUAGGGACCUACCCAGAGCCAGGGGCUUUCGGGGGCCUUAUUGGCCUCAAGACUGAGCUGGAACCCUGGCCCCUGAGCCACAGUGCAGAGGGGCUCUACCCCGGGUCCCUGGAUGGUCUGUCGGGCCCGAAGGCCGGGGCCACAUCAGCAGGGCCCCCAGGGGCCAGCAAUAUGUCGGGGGUCAACAGUAACCUCUCAGAGUCUUGUUAUAGUGGUAGCAGCUCCUCCUCUGGCUCUCACUCAGGUGACUACAACCGCCCCAGCUACAACGGUACCUACGUCUCGCCUGGCUACUGCCCCCAGCCCCCUUCAGCACUCCCCCCUGCCUCCCUCCAACACCCCCUCCAGCCCACACCCACCCUGUUGCCCAGCUACUCCCUCUCCACCUCGGUCUACAACUACCCCCCCAGCAGCUACCCCCACCAGCCCGGCCUGGGCCCCACCUACAGCCACCCCUCUGCAGGGUACUUACCCCCGGGGCUGGCCACCCCCACUCCCCUCCCGUCUCGGCCCAUCGUGGUCGGGGGUAGCUACGGCUACCAGGAAUCUGGAGGUGGGUUGAAGAGGAAGGCGUUUGAAAUGUCAUUAGACGAGGAGGAGGAUGGCUCUAGAUACAGUAAGUAUACAGGCUACGACCCAGUGAAGCCUGGAGGAGGGGACUCUCUCUCUCCCUACAGAGUGGGAGAUAAAGAAAACAGUGGCUUCACCACGGGCAGCACAGAUCCCCAGGCCUUCAAGCCCAGUAAGCCCUCUUCCCAGCCCCUCGUGUCUCCUCCGUACAGGGUGGCUUUAGCAGGGGACUACAGCCCACCAGCAGGGAUGACUGGGGAGAACGUAGGAGGAGGAGGAGGGUCAGAGAACCAGGGCUUCACCCAGCAGCAGCACCACUCCUCCCUGGUCCACAACAAUAAACUCCCCUCCCUGCAUGGCCAGGGCCAGCCUGGGUCUGGACCAGGGGAGUCGGGCAGCCUGAAGAGCCCAGACCCCAGGCUUCUGGAUCUAGUCAACGGGGAGUUGCUGGACUGUAGCCCGGCCCUGCUAUGGGGGGAGCUGGCUGGACUGACCCACGUCAAGACUGCCCUGGAGGAGGAGCUGCUGUGGCCCUGUCUUAGGCCCAGCCCCGCUGUCCGCCCCCCAGCCACCGUUCUGUUAUUCGGCCCCCGAGGAGGCGGGAAGACCACCCUAGCACGCUCCAUGGCCUCCCAGCUUGGGGCCUCCUUCUAUAGGCUCAGUGGGGCCAUGUUAGCCUCUAAAGGCAAGGCUGAGGCUGAGGGGAUCCUGGGGGCCACACUGCAGGUGGCGGGGUUGAGGCAGCCCUCCGUGGUGCUGCUCAGUGAGGUGGAGGCUAUGGAGAAGGAGGAGGGGUUGAGGCAGGUGUUGCUAUCUGCCCUGGAGAAGGCCCAGAUGGAGUUAGGGUCGGCGGGAGGAGCCCCUGGGCUGGUGAUCAUGGUGUGUGCCACCGGUAGGCCAGAUCUGCUCCAGGAUGCUGUGCAUCGGAGCUUCGCCAAGCGCUACCAUGUGGGCCUGCCAGAUGCUUUUUACAGAAAGCCGAGUUGAGCGCAACGUGCAUCUCCAGUUAGUUAGGAUUCCAUCCAAAGAUCUUGGUUAUUCGUGAUCCAAGACAUAAAUCAGCAAUGUGUUGUCAAGGUGACAUGGUCCAAGGAAAUGGAUAAUCAGGGUCCUGUUCAUGAGGCACCAAACAAAAUAAAACAUACAGAAACAGGGAAGGAACAAGCUGGAUUUGUCCAUUAAGAAAAAUUUAUUUUCGAUUUCCGUUGCAAAACAGACUGAAUAGGGCCAGGACAUCCUAGACUCGUCCAACAUAGAACACACAUUUUUGUUUUCCAUUGCAAAACUUUUUUAAACGUUUGCCCUAAUGAACAGGACCCAGGGUUGAUUUGGGAGAACCCCCUGUUGACUGACUGCUACUCUCAGGACUUUAUUCAUUACAGUCCUCCCCUGUGGUGUUUUAGAUUUCAUUACCUUAUUCAUUACCAGUCCUCUACUGUGGUGUUUUAGAUUUCAUUACCUUAUUCAUUACCAGUCCUCUCCUGUGGUGUUUUAGAUUUCAUUACCUUGUUCAUUACCAGUCCUCUCCUGUGGUGUUUUAGAUUUCAUUACCUUAUUCAUUUCCAGUGGUGUUUUAGAUGUCAUUACCUUAUUCAUUACCAGUCCUCUCCUGUGGUGUUUUAGAUUUCAUUACCUUAUUCAUUACCAGUCCUCUCCUGUGGUGUUUUAGAUUUCAUUACCUUAUUCAUUACCAGUCCUCUCCUGUGGUGUUUUAGAUUUCAUUACCUCAUUCAUUACUAGUCCUCUCCUGUGGUGUUUUAGAUUUCAUUACCUUAUUCAUUACAGUCCUCUCCUGUGGUGUUUUAGAUUUCAUUACCUUAUUCAUUACCAGUCCUCUCCUGUGGUGUUUUAGAUUUCAUUACCUUAUUCAUUACUAGUCCUCUCCUGUGGUGUUUUAGAUUUCAUUACCUUAUUCAUUACAGUCCUCUCCUGUGGUGUUUUAGAUUUCAUUACCUUAUUCAUUACAGUCCUCCCUGUGGUGUUUUAGAUGUCAUUACCUUAUUCAUUACAGUCCUCCCCUGUGGUGUUUUAGAUGUAAUUAUCUUAUUCAUUACCAGUGGUGUUUUAGAUGUCAUUACCUUAUUCAUUACCAGUGGUGUUUUAGAUGUCAUUACCUUAUUCAUUACCAAGAGCUUAGGAUCUAUUUGAAUAACUUUUCUUUUUUUUAAACCCAAAAAUAUCAAUAGUAGCUCAUCGUCUCUUAUCAUUAUGUGUUAUUGACUUAAAAUAUAGCUUCUCACCAAAAUCAUGACAUCAUGACCAUUACAAAAAUCAAACUUUAAAAAAACGUUGAAAUGGAACGCAUUGGUCAUGAUACUGGGCUGUAUUUGAUUAUAGACUGGGUGGUUCGAGCCCUGAAUAUUGAUUGGCUGAAAGCCGUGAGACUGUAUACCACGGGUAUGACAAACAUUUAAUUUUACUGUUCUAAUUACGUUUGUAAUCAGUUUAUAAUAGCAAUAAGGCACCUUGGGGGUUUGUGGUAUGCUAUAUGGCCAAUAUACCACAGCGUUGCGUUGUUCCUAAGAACAGCCCUUAGCCGUGGUAUAUUUGCCAAAUACCACACUUCCUCGGGCCUUAUUGCUUCAAUAUACAACGCUAUAAUUCAAAGACAUAAGCAUAAUGUCCAGACAUGUGAUAAAUCAACAUUCAAAUACACAUUCCUCGUUCACCAGUUCCUGAGAAUGUUGCUUUAAUACAAAAUAUAACACACACAGGCACUGCAAGGCAAGAUGGCGGCUCCUUGGAUGUUGCUUUAAUACAAAAUAUAACACACACAGGCACUGCAAGGCAAGAUGGCGGCUCCUUGGAUGUUGCUUUAACACAAAAUAUAACACACACAGGCACUGCAAGGCAAGAUGGCGGCUCCUUGAUGUUGCUUUAACACAAAAUAUAACACACACAGGCACUGCAAGGCAAGAUGGCGGCUCCUUGGAUGUUGCUUUAAUACAAAAUAUAACACACACAGGCACUGCAAGGCAAGAUGGCGGCUCCUUGGAUGUUGCUUUAACACAAAAUAUAACACACACAGGCACUGCAAGGCAAGAUGGCGGCUCCUUGGAUGUUGCUUUAAUACAAAAUAUAACACACACAGGCACUGCAAGGCAAGAUGGCGGCUCCUUGGGUGUUGCUUUAACACAAAAUAUAACACACACAGGCACAGUAAGGCAAGAUGGCGGCUCCUUGGAUGUUGCUUUAACACAAAAUAUAACACACACAGGCACAGUAAGGCAAGAUGGCGGAAGCCUUGUUUGAAAUGCUCAGGAAAAAUGAAUUUACCUCAGAUAUUUGAAAUAAAGAAUGUAUGUAAUCUUCAGGUCUUGGUGGAGAGAGUAGAGGUGGAGAGAGUAGAGGAGGAGAGAAAGAGGAGGAGAGAAAGAGGAGGAGAGAAAGAGGAGGAGAGAAAGAGGAGGAGAGAAAGAAGGGGAGAGAAAGAGAGGGAGGAAAAAGAGAAGAGCCCUAACAGAGUCCUGUUGCAUACACACUGCAGCUGUCUGUGCAUAUACCUUUGGGGAGAAACUUGAAAAUGCUACAAAGAGUAACAUUGAAUGUAAUUCAGGUAUUUCACAGGAUAUUUGAUGCCAUAAAAUCAAUGGUUUUAUUAUUAUAUAUGAAUAUAAAUACAUGUUUUUAAAUUUGAAUGUCUAUUUUUUGGGGGGGGUGGAAGGUUGGUUGUGUUUAUGAAGUGUUAUGUUGAACACAGAAAAUAUUAGAUUUUUGUUGGACAAACUGUUUACAAAUCAACCCAAAGCAUUGUGUUUAUAUGUACUAUUCACAAAUGAAUGUUAUAUACAUAUUUUAUUGUAAUAGAUGCAAAUCUUCAUUGAAAUAUAUAAACAAAAGGUGUACAUUUAAAUUACACUUAUAUUUCAAACCUGGACACAGACAAGAUAUAACAGAAGAAAAUAGAAAAUGCACCUGAAGACGUUGUCUAAUAAUAAUACAACCUAUUCACAGUGUUGUAUCUCUACCACUCUGUUUAACAACAGUCCGGAAACAUGAGGUCAUUCAGUUCAGUUCGGUACUGACGUGAUGUCAUGAAUAUUGGUCUGUUACCAUAGUUAUGUAGACUGGAGGCGCGCUGGAGGAUGAUGUA